CGCGCCUAACAGCAGAGUUCGAAGAACAGCAACCAGGCUCUGCAGCCUUCAGUCAUGGAAGAGGCGGCUACCGGUCACAAUAUGGCUGCCGAAGUACACCUUCGAGUUCUUAUUACGAGAUAUUAUAGCAGGUAUUACUGUGGGAUUGACUUCAAUACCUCAGGGCAUCGCUUACGCAAUGGUCGCCGGCCUGCCUCCACAGGUAGGUCUCUACUCCAGUAUAUUUCCUGGUCUGGUGUACAGCAUGUUUGGCAGCUGCAAAGAUGUGACGGUGGGACCCACUGCGAUACUGUCAGCUCUGCUCGCUAAAUACGUGGCCAAAUCCGCUGACUUCGCGUAUUUAGCAUCGUUCCUCUCUGGGUGCAUUAUCAUGUUGUUGGGGAUAUUGCAAUUAGGAUUUCUACUCGAUUUUAUAUCGAAGCCAGUCAUAUGUGGAUUUACAACAGCUGCAGCGCUUCAAAUAAGCGCUUCACAGCUGAGAUCAUUGUUUAGGAUAGCAGGUACGUUACUUAUUCUGUAUUUGUCUACACCUAGCGGCAGAGAUAAACCGAAUAGACCAUAGAGUGGGAAGAUAUAU